AUGGCGGUGGCCUCGCCUCUACUCAUACUGCUCUCGUCCACGGCGCUGCGUCCGACGACGCGGUCGGAGAGGCCUCGCCAGUCGGCCGAUCGCCGCCGCGUGCUCGCCGUUGCGCUGGGAGCGGCGGUGGCCCGGCUGCCGCUGCGAGGCGAGACCAUCCCUCCGAUUGAGGCGCUCCUGCCGCCGGAGCAGCUAAAUGCGGCCCAAUCGGCGGCGGCGGUGCAGACGCCGCCAGCCACGGUCUACUCGCCGCCCACCGUGAAGGGUGCGUCCAGUCCGAGGGCGCUCGCACUCGCGCGCCAGCUCAAGGCGAAGGGAGCAAAAAUGUACGGCGCGCACUGGUGCAGUCACUGCUUUAGCCAAAAGCAGCUUUUUGGCGCGCCGGCCAACCGGCUCAUCGAUUACGUCGAGUGCGCGGCCGACGGGUACAAGUCGCAGCGCGGCUUGUGCCAGGCCAAGGAGAUCAAGGGCUAUCCGACGUGGGAGAUUGGCGGCCGUUUCUUCCGCGGCGAAAAGACGCUCGACGAGCUCGAGGAGAUCCUCGAGGGAUGA